AUGGCUACUAUGCGCACCCUUCCCCACAGCGAGGCUAGUUGGAAUGAAUGGGCUGCUGUGUGCAAGGUCUCAAAACCGAGUAUCCAUGACUCUACGCUCACAUCUGGAUCUACAAUUCGCCAUGAGCAAUUCCUGUUAUUACAAGUUCUUUGGAGGCCUCCCUCCACUGCACCUCUGAACCUGAAGGUGUUUGGCCUAGAGCAGUGGAAACAGAAGGCUGAUAAGCUUCUGUCAACCUUCCAGUCCUGGGCUAGGUACCGCCAAAGCUUCACCACUGGCUCCAUCCUCGAGGGAACUUUUGCUUUAGCCAAACAGUACCAGUCUGAAGCUGCAGGAGCCCUUGAGAAAAAUUUCCGAUCUGAUAUGGCCUUCACCCCUAUCGCCCAUCGCACACGCAGCAAUGUGAGCAGAUUAGAGCGCAAGAUGAGAGAUGCACAGCUUCAGACCCCAACCAAAUCAACGGGAAUAUUGCCAAAAACACCGGAAGAAAAUGACAUUGCCGAGAAUAGACCAGCUGAGAUAACGAAUACGAUGUAUCCACAAACGAAAGACGAGCAAAUUGUGAACACCGCCCUUGUGGACUUUUUGAAUGCUCUGACCGUGCAUUUUCCUGAGGCCAGUGGCUGGACCUUGCACCGCAAGUCCUUCAAGGCAGAGUUCACUAAUGGAUCGUAUGAGGCACGAACGGAUGGCUAUCUAAAGGGGGGCUCUGGUGGAAGAGCACGGGCAUUGAUCGAAGUAAAGCCAAUGUUGAGAGAAAAGAAGCGGAUCCCCAUUUGUAUGCAAGAGGCUGCUCAGAUGGUCGCUUGGAUCAAAUCAGACCCUGAUCCUACUGGUGUCCUGAAUUUGCCGGGUCGGUAA